AUGAGGGGCGGCGCCGCGAGUAAACAUAGCAGUUAUGAUAGCUAUGAUAGUAUCGCAAAGGAGAAAGCGGGCAUGCAAUGGAAGAUACCAGGAACCGUCAGGAAGAAGAAACGAUGGAUCAUAGCAGGCGUCGCGCUUGUGAUACUCAUCAUUAUCAUAGCGGUAGCAGUCGUCGUGAGCAAGAAGAAUCAGGCCAACGACUCUGGCUCGCAUAAGUCUAAUCUCGACGAUAUCUCACAAAAUAGCGUCCCUCCAGCUGCUCGGGGGACUUAUCUAGACCCUUUCACAUGGUAUGAGACGACAGACCUUAACGUAACAUAUACGAACGAAACAGUGGGUGACCUGCCGGUUAUGGGACUUUUCAUGGACUGGGACGACUCCAAGUCUGCCAACGACAAGGUCCCGGCUAUUGAGAAGUCCUGGGGGGACUACGCAAAAACACCAGCACGCGGUGUUAAUCUAGGUGGCUGGCUCUCGCUCGAACCCUUCAUUACGCCUUCGCUAUUUAACUACGACAGUAGAUUGGGCAUCAUUGACGAGUGGACUCUCUGCAAGCAUCUCGGUCCCAAAACAGCAGCUUCAACUCUUGAAAAGCACUACGCCACAUUUGUUACGGAGCAAACUUUCCAGGAAAUACAGGCCGCAGGUUUAGAUCACGUUCGAAUCCCCUACAGCUACUGGGCCGUGCAGACGUACGAUGAUGACCCAUAUGUAUUCCGCACUUCGUGGCGUUAUCUCCUGCGUGCGAUCGAGUGGGCGCGUAAGUACGGGCUACGAGUGAACUUGGACCUCCAUGCCUUACCAGGUAGCCAGAAUGGCUGGAACCACAGUGGAAGACAAGGUGUAGUCAAUUGGCUCAACGGCACCGACGGCAACCUAAAUUCACAGCGAUCACUCGACGUACACGAUCGUCUGACCAAGUUCUUCGCGCAGGACCGCUACAAGAACAUCAUCACGUUCUACGGCCUAGCAAACGAGCCGCGCAUGGUGUCCCUUUCCGCAGACGCCGUUAUCUCCUGGACAUCAGAGGCGUUCAACCUCGUACGCAAGAACGGAAUACAAGCCAACGUUGUGUUCGGAGAUGGCUUCAUGGGACUAGGCAACUGGCAAGGCAAGCUGCCGGGUAUGAACGGGCUGGUGCUUGACGUGCACCAGUAUGUCAUCUUCAACAACGACCAGAUCGUCUACUCACAUCAGAAGAAGGUGCAGUACGCCUGCGACGGGUGGACGCAGCAGACGCAGCAGAGCAUGGACACAUCCACCGGCUUCGGCCCCACCAUGUUCGCUGAGUGGUCGCAGGCCGACACUGACUGCGCCAAGUACCUAACAAACGUGGGCUGGGGGAACCGAUGGACGGGCACGUACGACUCGGGCAACGCGUCGACCGAGGCCCUAACGCCGAAGUGCCCAACUAAAGACACCUCGUGCAAGUGCGACGAUGCCAACGCCGAUCCGGGUUCCUACUCGGCUUCGUACAAGAAGUUCCUCAAGAUGUUCGCCGAGGCCCAAAUGACUAGCUUUGAGAAGGGCUACGGUUGGUGGUACUGGACUUGGGAUACUGAGAGCGCGCCUCAGUGGAGCUACAAGAAGGGCCUUGCUGCCGGUAUCCUGCCUGACAAGGCAUAUGAUAAGGACUUCAACUGCGAUGCAGACGUGCCAGACUUCUCGGAUCUAAGUGAGAGUUUUUGA